GCCACGGUAUAUAUUGUGUUGUUCAAGCCUUAAAACUCAAAACUCAGAUUCGACCUCAGAUGAUUCAGAUUUCGCUGGGGAAUCGUGAAACGUGGAUGUGCAAGUAGUAUGAGAAGAAUAUUAAAGCAAAAUACGUGUCAGAAAAUUUGAACUUUAGCAAUCGAAAACAUUUUACUUACAUUUUACACGGAAGUAUUGUCACUUCUAUUAUAAAUGAUAUUCAGUGUAUAAUGGAGAUGGCAGAAUUAUCAAACAGUAAUAAAAGCGAUAGUGAUAAAACCAAUGAUAAAAAUGAUGAGGAAAUACAGUGUUUCGAUGCUAAUAAUGUAAAUGAUGACAAAAGCGAUAAUUUAAAUGAUGACAAAAGUAUUACCACAAACCAUAACAAAAAUGAUUGUAACCCAAGGGAAUCUACCCGUAGGCAAUUUUACAAAAGCCGUAUAAGAAAAGAUAAUAUUAAAUUAGAAUUUGAUGAUAGUACACCUCAAGAAGAAAGACGGAGAUUGUUAUUAGAGUAUCAGAAGAAACAUAGAGAUGAAACUAUCAAUGCUAUACGUGGUGUACAAGAGUGUUUUACAUCAAAAAAUGAAGAUAUGAAGAAAUAUAUAGACGAGCAACAUAUAAAUGAAGAGGAAUAUGAAGAUGAAAACGAAUAUAUGGAUGCGGAAGAGUACAUGGCUGAAGAGGAAUAUAUGGAAGUAGAAGAUUAUGCUUCGUCAUAUUAUAAGAUUUUUCCGAACGAAUCCAAAACAAGUCGAAUGAUGCUAUCAGAAUGGAUGUUAGAUGUGCCACAAGAUCUCAUUGAAAAUUGGAUUAUGGUUCCAUGUCCAAUAGGAAAACGAGUUAGAGUAAUCUCAGGCUGGGGUGAAACAAGGGCAUAUUCUAGAAAAGGUGUUCUACAUGGUGUUUUUCCUUCAGCACUUCCAGGUGGAAAUUCUGAUAGUGACUUUCAUCACUCUGCUGCUAUCGAUUGUCUAUGGAUAAAGAACCGAAAACUUUUUUAUAUAUUAGACGUAUUGUAUUGGAGUCUAUUGCCAUUCACGAAUUGUCAGGCUGAGUUCAGAUUUUUCUGGAUCAAGAAUAAGUUCCAGGAAAUACCAGAAUUCGAAGAACGUAAUACUGAUACAAAUAGAUAUCCUAUUUUAACUCUACCAAAUAUUAAUUGUAACUCAGACGUUAAUUCAAUCUUGGCAAAUCUUGAUAAUGAACCUCUGGAUGGGUUGCUAUUUUAUCAUCGUCAAGCAUUAUAUACUUAUGGACUUACUCCACUUGUGACGUGGUUAAAACCUUUUAUGUUAUCUGAAGUACUUGGAAUAUCUGUACCUUCAUUUGAUGAGAAACCAGAUGAUUAUAUAAGUUUUGAACAUCACAUACAAAAAGUAAAAGCCAAGAAAAAUCGACAAGAUGAUAUUACAAAGAGUGAUACUAAUUCUAUGGAAAUAGAAGGUGUCGUUUAAAAUUAAAAACUCAUUUGUUAUGGCAAUUUAUAGAUGAUCAAUCUAGAUGACUCAUAUAAUAAUCCAAAACUUAAUACAUAUUUUUUUUAUUACCAAAGAUACAAUAUGUCUGAUAAUACAAAUUUUUUUUACAAAAUUAAUAAAAAUUUUUUUUUUUUAUAAUGACAAAUCAAAUCUCUAUUUUUUAUGAUGAUGACGCAAAUAAUCAUUGCAGCAAUCAAGAUAUAUUAAUAUAUUUGAACUAUAUAUAUUGUAUAUCACAAAAUAUUAAAAUAAGAAAAGUUCA